GUUCUGUCUACGCACCAGGCUCUCACUAGAACGAUUUCCUGCCAAUUUUCUCUGAGUGUCCCUGAUUGAAACGCUGCGUUUUGAAAAGCUGCCCAGAUUUAUAGCCAAUUCAAACUCCUGUGCAUACGGGGCGAGCAACAGCCAGCAGCGAACCGCAAAUGGGCCACAGUUCGAAGAAGAAGAAGCGCGGCGGCGGCGGCCGACGGAGCAAGGGCAAAGACCAUCACCUUAACGCCUCCCACUCCGCCGCUGAAAAUGAUCUAUCAGAAGAGAUCACUGCGCUGUGUUCAAUAUUUCAAGAUGAUUGCAAAGUUGUUUCAGACCCAUAUCCUCAAGUCACUAUUAAGCUCAGGCCUUAUUCAAAAGAUACAGGAUACGACAAUCUAGAUGUUUCUGCUCUUCUUUUAGUAAGGUGCUUGCCUGGGUAUCCUUACAAGUGUCCAAAGUUGCAGAUAACUCCAGAGAAAGGUUUAUCAAAAGGUGAUGCAGAUAAUCUUCUCUCUCUGCUUCAGGACCAGGCAAAUGCUAAUGCUCGGGAAGGACGGGUGAUGGUUUUCAAUUUGGUAGAGGCUGCUCAAGAGUUCCUAUCUGAAAUUGUUCCAGUUGGUCAAUCACAUGCUGCUGUUCCAUGCUCAAAUACAGAUAACAGCAGCCAGUUGUUUCUGCAAGAUGUGUCAAUUUGUAACAAGGGUUGCUCUUCUAAAGGACCUAUGGUUUAUGGUUUUAUAGAUCUUUUCAGUGGCACUGGAGACUCGUGGCACUGGGGUUUUGAAAUGGAUGAAACUCAGAUAAGCUCUUCCUCACAUGCCCAUGCUUCUGAUGGUUCAAAACUUGGAUAUGGCAUUGAGGGCAAAAAACUUGAUAAAAAUACAAAACCAUUGACAAUGCAAAAUACCAAUCAAGGACAAUUACACUCUCCUACUGUCAAAUUAGAUGCUCUGGAAGAAGAGAUCGAAGAUGACAGCGAGAGCAUAUCGUCUUCUGGUUCAAGUAGAUCACUAAGAGAGGAAUUGGCAGGCAAUGUUACUACUGAAAAACAAGAGAAUAAGGAUUUUUCUCCUGAGGAGGAUAUUGCAGAAGAAGAUGAUGGUGACAUUGAAAGUGAUGCUUCAGAAUCACUGUCUUAUGUUUCUGUGAUUCAUGAUCAAACCUCUCAUACUGUGGAAAAAGAUUUGCUUAUGGUUCAUCUGCUUCGCCUUGCUUGUGCUUCUAAAGGAGCAUUAGCUGAUGCUUUGCCAGAAAUAACCACUGAGCUGUACAAUCUAGGGAUCUUUUCAGAACCGGUGCGGGAUCUAGCAACUAAGCCAUCUUCAUUCUUUAACAAAACCUUUGAUCAUGUUUUUCGGCAGCACGUGGUUUCAUCAAGCAUCUCUCAAUUCUGGAAGCCUCCUUCUGAUUUUGGUGGGCAGAGCACAUCCCUUCCGAGCUCUCGCUAUCUCAAUGACUUUGAGGAGCUACAACCCCUUGGUCAUGGUGGAUUUGGUCAUGUUGUGUUGUGCAAAAAUAAACUAGAUGGAAGACAGUAUGCGGUGAAGAAGAUUCGUCUCAAAGACAAAAGUCCACCUGUUUAUGACCGGAUAUUGAGGGAAGUGGCCACGCUUUCCCGUUUGCAGCAUCAACAUGUUGUCCGUUACUAUCAGGCAUGGUUUGAAACAGGAGUUUCUGGUUCUUUUGGGGACACAACUUGGGGCUCAAUGACACCAGCAAGCUCAAGUUUCAGCUACAAGGGUGCAAGCUCAAGUUUCAGCUACAUGGGUGCAAGCUCAGCAGAUGUAAAUGUGCAUGAGAAUAAGCUUGAAUCAACAUAUUUGUAUAUACAGAUGGAAUACUGUCCUAGGACUCUCCGCCAGAUGUUUGAAUCAUAUAGCCAUUUUGACAAAGAAUUGGCGUGGCAUUUAUUUCGCCAAAUUGUUGAAGGCUUGGCACAUAUACAUGGACAGGGAAUCAUCCAUCGGGACUUAACGCCAAAUAACAUCUUCUUUGAUGCUCGCAAUGAUAUUAAAAUUGGAGACUUUGGUCUUGCCAAGUUUUUGAAGUUGGAGCAGUUGGAUCAGGAUCCAGGUGUCCCUCCAGAUACAACUGGAGUAUCAGUUGAUCGUACUGGUCAAGUUGGUACCUAUUUUUACACUGCACCAGAAAUUGAACAAGGGUGGCCAAAGAUUGAUGAAAAGGCUGACAUGUACAGCUUAGGAGUUGUGUUCUUUGAACUAUGGCAUCCGUUUGGAACAGCAAUGGAGAGAAGCAUCGUUCUUAAUGAUCUGAAACAGAAGGGAGAACUCCCUUCUUCUUGGGUUGCUGAAUUUCCUGAACAAGCAUCCCUUUUGCAGCACUUGAUGUCUCCAAGUCCAUCUGAUCGUCCAUUUGCCACAGAACUUUUACAGCAUGCAUUUCCUCCAAGGAUGGAAUACGAGUUGCUAGACAAUAUUCUACGAACAAUGCAGACUUCGGAGGACACAGGUGUUUAUGAUAAAGUUGUUAAUGCUAUUUUUGACAAAGAAAUGUUAAGUGCAAAAAACCUCCAACAUGUUGGAAGAUUGAGGUUAGUUGGAGAUGAUACAUCCUCUAUCCAGUACUCAGAUUCAGACACUGAACUCCGUGAUCAUGUUAGUGAGGUCACAAGGGAAGUGUUUAGGCAUCACUGUGCAAAGCGUCUCGAAGUUAUACCAAUUCGUUUGCUGGAUGAUUGCCCACAAACUAUCAGGAAUACUGUUAAGCUACUGACCCAUGGAGGAGACAUGAUUGAGCUUUGUCAUGAGCUGCGUUUGCCUUUUGUUAAUUGGGUUAUUACGAAUCAGAAAUCAUCUUUCAAAAGAUAUGAAGUAUCCUAUGUUUAUAGGAGAGCAAUUGGUCAUUCAGCACCAAACCGUUAUCUUCAGGGAGAUUUUGAUAUGAUUGGAGGUGCAACAGCAUUGACAGAGGCAGAGGUUAUCAAGGUGGCAAUGGACAUUGUAACCCAUUUCUUCCAUUCCAAUUCAUGUGGUAUUCAUCUAAAUCAUAGCGAUUUAUUGGAUGCUAUCUGGUCUUGGAUAGGAAUCAAGGCAGAGCAUAGGCAGAAAGUGGCAGAGCUUCUCUCUAUGAUGAGUUCUUUGCGGCCUCAAUCCCCUGAACGGAAAUUAAAAUGGGUGGUGAUAAGGCGACAGCUUCAGCAGGAACUUAAUCUAGCAGAAGCUGUUGUAAAUAGGUUGCAAACAGUAGGAUUAAGGUUCUGUGGAGCUGCUGAUCAGGCUCUUCCUAGAUUGAGGGGAGCCCUGCCCGCUGAUAAACCUACACGCAAGGCACUUGAUGAAUUGGCAGAUCUUUUUAGCUACUUAAGAGUUUGGAGGAUCGAAAAACAUGUUUUCAUAGAUGCCCUUAUGCCCCCGACAGAGUCUUAUCAUAGGGAUUUAUUUUUUCAGAUAUACUUAAUGAAGGAGAACAAUCCUGGAUCACUCAAAGAGGGAGUAUUGCUUGCAAUUGGCGGUCGCUAUGAUCAACUGCUUCGUGAAAUGUGUUUUGCAUCUAAAUCAAAUCCUCCGGGUGCUGUUGGGGUCAGCCUUGCCCUAGAGACAGUGAUUCAGCAUUCUUCCAUGGAUAUCCGACCUUUUAGAAAUGAAGUUGGUAUUAAUGUUCUUGUUUGUUCAAGAGGAGGAGGUGGGUUAUUGGAAGAACGCAUGGAACUAGUUGCUGAGCUAUGGGAAGAGAACAUCAAGGCUGAGUUUGUUCCUGUAUCUGAUCCAAGCCUUACAGAGCAGUAUGAAUAUGCAAAUGAGCAUGAUAUCAAGUGUCUUGUUAUUAUAACAGACACAGGUGUAUCCCCAACAGGUUUUGUUAAGGUCCGCCAUCUUGAACUUAAGAAGGAGAAAGAAGUUGGAAGAGAAAACCUUGUCAAGUUUCUACAUUCAAUUGCCACACAGUUCAGAAACCUCUCAAUUUGGAAUUAGGCCUUUUUUUUGGCAAAACCCCACUUCCUCAGGGUUGUUCUACUGAUGGCAUGAUAUAUCACUAUUAUCAAAAUGAUGAAAAACCCCUAUUAUAAUUGGAGGCAAUCCAAAGCAGUAGCAGUUGUGGUAGCAGCUUUUUCUUUGCUUCAAGAACAAUCCAAUGAAGUUGCAAUUCUUAUCUGGAAACCUGUUAGAGCUCAGAAGGAUCAAACUACCAAUAGGAAUAUAGGAUUCAACAAUCAUCUACCAGAAAGGAGAAGGGAAAAUUAGUCAAAUUUUUGCAGUCUCAAUUUUUGAAACUUGUGUACAUAUAUACUUACUCCAUUCGUAGGCAGUGUGAAUACAGCAAUAUGUAGGUUUAUUCAAUAAGUUGUGUGACUGGGUUAGCAACCGUCAUCACCUUUGUACGUGGAACAAAAGAGCAACAUAGAAAGACCCGAUGAGUGAGUGAGAAAUACUUUUGUUAUUUUUCCCCAAAAUCAUACGUGUAUACAACAAUUCUUUUUUACAACAAUGUAUAAUUAACAUCUCCUUUGUUUUGAUCCUA